GCUUCGGUCAUAGCCUUUCUCGCGCUUCUUGGUUUUGGGCUACUUCUAUCAUGUUAGCGUGUCAUUCAAACCUUGCGUAUACUGACACAAGAGCCUUUGGAGUCAUGACUGAUUUACUUCUCAUUGUGCCGACAAUUUGUGAUAUAAUUGCAACGGCCGCAAUGCUGCGCUUUCUCGAUCAAAAGGGGACAGGGCUGAAAAGGCAAGUAAUACUUCAAAUACAUAAAUGCCCUGUAUCUUCUACCGCUGGUUGGACGAGAAUUAUGAUUGAUGCGUGCGUUACAGGACAAGAGGUACCCUUAGAUCGAUACAAUUUUUGGUGCUUAACCGUGGAAUACUCCUCAUGUCCACGCAAUGCACAUGUCUCGUCCUCUGGCUUGUAGGAGAAACCUACUGGUACUGGCUGCCUGUCCAUAUGAACGUUCCCACUAUAUAUGUAAACACUAUGCUGAUCUUGCUAAACGAACGUGCAAGUAUCCGAGCGAAAGCGAAAGUUAUCAAUACAUCUCUUCAGCUUACAACUCGCAUCAGACAACCUUUGGAGUUCAAUGUCAUUAAUUCGUCACGGCAGACCACUACCGAUUCACAUGAGGUCGCCUUGGGGUUAUCGAACCAUUCAUCGUCAAAGAUCAUCCAUAGCCAUUCGGAUGCACCUAGUCUGACUACUGUGACUUCCGAGGGAAAUACAGUGAAUGACGGUGACCAUCUUUGCUGAAGAUAACUGGAGCACGCGAGGAAUGUCGGAAUGAGCACGAUGUUCAUCUUACGUCUUCACUGUUUAUAGUUAGAGUAAUGAUCAUCACAUGUAGUCAAUAU